CUAUAGCACUUCAUAGGGUCAGUCAGUUCAGUUUAGUUGGUAGAGCCGGUUCCAUCACACUAAAGCAAAACGUACUGCUUAUUGAAAUCCUCGCCAUACAGCGUCCAUAAUGUCCAAACCUCUAGGCAUCGUCGUAGUGGGUCUCGGACGGGCAGGGAAGGCUCGAGUUAGAGACAUCACUACAAAUGUGCUGGGAGAAAAUAUAGUUAAACUUAUUGGAGUGGUUUCAAGACACAAACCUGAAGACGUCAAGGAAACAUUCUUGUCCUGGGAUGAAGCAUUAGGAAGAAGUGAUGUGGAUGCCUUUGUCAUAGCAACGGAGAAUGGAAACCAUGAAGAAUGUGCUAAAAAAUGUCUGGAUGCUGGAAAACACAUCUUGGUCGACUUUCCUCUCACGAUUUCCUCUCAGUCUGCAAAAGAUAUCAUCGAACUUGCAGAGAAAAAAGGGUUAGUAUGCCAGGAAGAGGACAUUGGGCUUCUUACACCUGCCUUCAAGGAACUCAUACAAAUGUUAGAGUCCAAACCUCCAGUGAGCGAAACAACGAUGGUGUUUACUGCGAGCAGCCAAUCAUCAUCAUGGAUCGGGGAUUUAAAACGAGCAGGCUUUCCGAGUUUUUCUGGUAUCAAUCGUUUGCAUAUGGUGUACGAGAUGUUUGGUGAACUUACCGUCAAGGAAGCAAAGCUAACUCGAGAUGGUGAUUCUAUUGAAAUGGUGGCUUCACUGUUGACUAAAGACAACAGACCAAUAAUCUGGAUCAACAGUCGAAGUCCAGGUAAAGACCGUACUUUCUCAUUUGACUUCAAGUUUGAAGACGGAACAACCAUGUCCUAUUCUCCUCGUAUGGGUCCCCCUCCACGGGGAGCUGCACCUCCUCCAACUGGCCCACCCAUGGGUCCCCCCAAAGGACUUUUCGCAGGAGACCUUAAAUUAUUUAUUGACAAAGUACGAGGAGAAGUCGCAGCAGAAGAGUUAGCCAAGGAGAGGAAGAGAGUUCUUCAUUGCCUGGAGCUUGCAGGAAAAAUUGAAGAAAUGGCAACUGGUGGAAAUUAGAGAAGACUACUAUUAGAAUUUUUAAACAUUUCCCUGAAUUAAAAUGUGCAAUAGACAAAUCCUAGAUUCUGAAUAUUGAUAAAGAAAUCAUAUUAAAAUUUUUUUGUUUUCAAA